CAAAUUCUUGACUAAAGAUAAAGAUAUAUGUAACAUAGAUAGAAGUAAGUAACUUUUGCCCUGAGCGCUUCUCAUUCUCUGUACCUCGUGGCUGCGGUUUGUCCCUAAGUCCGGUGUGACGGUGCCUUAAUCCACAAUUCAAGAUGGUUAGGGUGGACAAGCCAACUUGGAAGGCUAACUACUUCACAAAGAUCACUCAGCUGUUUGACGAGUACAGCCGUUGCUUCAUUGUGGGCGCUGACAAUGUGGGCUCCAAGCAGAUGCAGGAGAUCCGCAUGGCCCUGCGUGGGUGUGCUGUGGUGCUCAUGGGCAAGAACACCAUGAUGCGCAAAGCUAUCCGAGGCCACCUGGAGACCAACCCCAAUCUUGAGAAACUCCUUCCCCAUAUUGUCAACAAUGUGGGAUUUGUUUUCACCAAUGAAGACCUGGUGGAAGUGCGUGACAAGCUGCUUGCUAACAAGAAGAAGGCCCCUGCCCGUGCUGGAGCCAUUGCUCCUUGCCCUGUGACCAUCCCCAGCCAGAACACUGGUCUUGGUCCUGAGAAGACUAGCUUCUUCCAGGCUCUGCAGAUCCCAACCAAGAUCUCCAGGGGUACCAUUGAAAUUGUGAAUGAUGUGCAGCUGGUGAAGGAAGGAGACAAGGUGGGUGCUAGCGAAGCCACGCUCCUCAACAUGCUGAACAUCUCCCCCUUCACCUAUGGCUUGGUGGUGCAGCAAGUAUAUGACCAGGGGACUGUGUUCUCUCCCCGUGUCCUUGACAUCACUGACGAAGACUUGAUGAAGUCAUUCCAAGAUGGAUUGGCUAAAGUGGCUUCACUGUCACUCUCCAUUGGCUAUCCAACCAUCGUGUCUGUGCCUCAUUCUGUCGUGAAUGGCUUCAAGAGGCUGCUGGCCAUUGCUGCUGUCACUGACGUCACCUUCAAGGAGGCAGAGCAACUGAAGGAGUUCUUGGCUGACCCAAGCAAGUUUGCUGCUGCUGCUGCUACUGCUGCUGCACCAGCUGCUGCAGAAGCCCCCAAGGAGGAGCCCAAGGUGGAGGAGGAGGAAGAGGAGUCCGAUGAAGACUUCGGCAUGGGUCUCUUUGACUAGUGUGGUCAGACGUUCUGUAUGGAGUCGAUCACAAAUAAAAAAAAAAAAAAAAAAAAA